CUUUCUUUCCUAAUUUCCAGCUUUUUCUUUUCGGGAUUUCUAGUGGCAAAAGGCGCCCAGGGUCGACGGGCACGGUCAAGGAGGUGACGUCAGCAGCUUGCUGACCUAAUAUUUGGAAUUAGACAUUGUGUUACUAUGUACAGGUAGAAUCGACUAGUGCCAUACCCAGUAAAACUUAAAAGUAGGUGGCGGUGUGGUGCUGGUGAACAUUGAUUCUGCAAACAUGGAGACAAUGGAUCGGGAGAGAGCAGACAGAAAGCGGCAGGCAGAACUUCCCGCACGAUUGCAGGAGUCCGUGCUCGUACGCCUGAAUGAUGGGGCUCCCAUUGCCGACAUAGCCCAAGUGGUGGUUGACAUGGCGGAUGUCAAGGCACCACUCAAAGAUGACGAGGAGUCCCGCUCAGAAGCCGCCAAGAGGGACCACAUUCUGGACAUAUUUGCCAGGACCACUCUGCUGUCACUCGUGGAACAGGCGCGCCAUGAUGGGGAACCUGUGAUGACCUGGCAGGGGGCCAAGAUCCAGCGGUUUCUUGACGUUGUUUCGGCGGUUUCGUUCCCACCUGGUGCCAGGCCUCGUGUAGACCCCGGCGUCAUGCUGGCGGUGCUGGAGGACCUCAUGGACAUGGUCACUGUGCCGGAGUGCCAACAGGUGUUCUCCAAUAUUGAGAGGGAGCGGGAUAACCUUGUCAAGGCUAAGACUAACCUGGCCCUGCUGCGCACUUUCAAGAAGCUGCUCAAGCGCCUCUCCAAGACCCAGGACACGGUGUUCAGCGGGCGCAUCCUCAUGUUCAUGGCCACCAUCUGGUCCCUCUCAGAGCGCUCAGCGUCCAACCACCUGGGUACCUUCAACACGGCCGCUGAGGUGGGCUACAGCCAGGACGCCGACAUGCCUGCUGACGGCUCGAAAGUCGACAAGGCCUUCUACCAGACCUUCUGGAGCCUGCAGGAACACUUCCGCCACCCCGCCCCGCUCGCCACCAACGCCACCCUGUCCAAGUUCCUCGACGCGCUGCAGGUGGUGUUGACCUACUUCAGCGAUAAUGCGGCGGGCGGCACUGGCCGGGGCCCAGCACAAGCGGAGUAUGACACCACGUACCUAACCAGCCCCAAGCUGCUCAGCCUGCAGCUGGGCGACCCCAACUUCCGGCGCCACUUGCUUCUGCAGGCGCUCUUUGUUCUUCAGUGGCUGCGGGCUGAGCGGCGAAACAGCAAGGUUGCGAAACCACCCCCGGACGUGGCGGCAGCAGCAGCAGAGCGCCUUGCUAGCUUGGAGGCCCACAGCAAGCAGCUGCUGCGCGGCUUGCCGCCCCAUGGCGCGCAGUUUGCAGAUUACGUAGAACAUGUCUUGGAGCGCGAGAAGAACUGGCUGCUGUGGAAGUUCACUCCGGUCCCAAUGACCAAGCCCUCCAAGCCGAACACGCCCAUUCCCCCGGGCGCACUCCAGGCGUGCCCCACCAUCGAAAAAGACCCUCUCACUAAGGAGGACGCGCUGCGUCCCCCGGGCAAGCGAAAAGCGGUGCGGCGCACGGCGCUGGGCAACGAGGUGCUGGCUCGUGUGUGGAACAGCACGCGGGGAGACCCCAUGGCCGCACUGCGAGGAGCGAAGCGAGCAUACGUGCCGCCGUUCAUGGACUACAUGCAGCGGCUGGCGGACGAGAUGGACCCGGAGAGCGGCAUCGAGGAGGAGUACAGAGUCGCCAAAUCGCCGGUGUACGAGUGGCGGGGCCUGCGGCUCAACGCCCGACACAACGUGGCUGCUUUCGGGGAUGUCGCCCGGCACGGGGGCGACCUGGCCGCGUUGCUGCCGAAGUCGAUGCGCCCUGCGGCGGUCGCCGGCAAAGAGGAGGCGUCGCAGGGGGGAAUCGAAAACGACCUGCUACAGGACGACGAGGACCCGGGAGAAGGGGCGGCGGAAGAGAGCGGGCCACGGGAUGGGGGGGAGUCUGAAGCGAAGGAGGAGGCGAAAGCAGAGGAGGCAGGUGCGGAUAAGAGCGAACGCGCAAGCGCUAAGGAGGAUGCGAAAGCUGAGGAGGCGGAUGCAAUGAAGGUUGACCGCACAAGCACUGCAGAGGAGGUUACGAAGCAAGAGGACGGAGGGGCGACCGACUCAGGGGCGGUGGCAACAGAAAAGGCCGGCGACGACACGGGCACGGCAGGGGAGGGGCGGGCGCCGGGUCCCCAGCCAAUGGAGGUGGACAGUGUUGCGGAAGAGGGGGGUCAGGAAGGUCCUCAGAAAGAAAGUGCGGAGCCGGCGGCAGAAAAGACGGAAGAAGGGCCGGCACCAGAGAGGGUACAGCCCGAAGAGGAGGGGAUGGAAGGUGCUGCCCCAAAAAGGGUCGAGGCUGAAGCGGCGCAGCUCGUGGUUGCAGAAGAGACGGGGCAGGCGGUGAAAACGGGCGAGAACACGCCGGAGACAAAGACGAGCGAAGAAACGGGCAGGUCGAAUGCUGCCGGGGAAGAAGCGAAGGGGAAGGAAAGCUUGGAGCAGUCGGAGAAAGCUGGGGUUGCGAGUGAAGCUUUGGCGCCCACGGAAUCUGUACUCGAGGUGGACAAAAAUGUUGUCCAGCAAGAGACGGAGACUAUGGCCGAGGCUUCUGGUCGCAGCAAAGAGGAUGACGUGGCCGCAGCAGAGGAGCUUGCUGGCCCCGCUACUGCUUCCACAGCGGUCACCAGGACCGACUUAGCGGAACAGGUCUCGGAAGCUGUUUUUCCAGGAAAGGCAAGCCCGACUCUUGAAAAACAAGGGCCCACCGGCCCCAAGGUGGAGAAGACAACACCCGUUGCCUCCUCAAAAGCUGAGGAACAAGCGUCAACGACACCCAAGGUUGAGGAAGAAGUGAGUGCCACGCCCCAGGAGAAAGAAUUAGCGCCCGUCAGCCAAAAGGUGGAGGAACAAGCGCCUGGUGCCCAAGCAGAGCAGGAGGGCGCCAAAGAGGAGGCAACACCGGCACCGCCGGUAGCAGAAAGGGGUGGCCGAGGUAGGGGCAGGGGCCGAGGGAAGCGGAAGCCUGAGGAAACGGUGCAAGAUUUGGCGGCGAGAAGAGUGACACGACGGAAGAAGUAACGCAGGCAACUUGACGAUCGAAGGACGCAAAAAUCAUGCUCGAGCAUUUGCGCCUUAAUCAAGUUUUUUGAAGCGACUCUGCGCAACGGAUGUCUGUCGUGGUCCAAAUGAGGCUGAUUGCGUUGAUGUGGUCAUUCCUCUUUCUCGGAG